AUGAAUUGUCGAUGUUCUUGGCCAGAUAGGCCGAUUACUCCUUCAAUGGCAUCCUUUUCAUGCCCACACACAAUUGACCAUCCAACCAUCUCCAUGCGACAACUGCAAGGCUCAACUCCUACACAUACGCGCUGUACUUUUUGCUCCAAUGUAAAAAACUAUGCUGCAGGCGGAAAAGUCGCUCAACAUUUCAUUGAAUCAACGAAAGGUACUUUCGGUAGUAUCGAAGCAGUUUUAACUGCUGUAAAUUCUAUUGCUGAUAUGCUCAAUGCUACCCAUCGUGCAGUUUUUAGUUCCUUCCAAGCUGUAAUUGGUGCGUUGGACGAGUUUGCAAAGUUGAAAACGCAGAUACAUUGUUUGUUGGCUUCAACGGCACUGUUGAAAUGGUUACGAUAUAUAUGGCGACUUUUGCUGAGAUGUUUAAGGUUGAGAAGUAAUGAAGAGAGUGAAAUGGAAGAAGUAUGGAUGGGAGUUCGGAAAAAUUCAGGCACAUUCGCUACAGAGGAAACACCAUCGCAGUUGGUUUCUUUCAAUCCAUUUCGUUGGUUACCUUCAUUGAUAUUCUGGUUAAUCGCAGUAGGUGUGCCUUAUUUGAUGUAUCAAUCACUUGGAGCAAUGACGGAUGAGUCAAUGAAAUGGACAACUGGAAAGGCUGGUUAUUACGAAGCACUGGCGACAGAGGAUCAUGAUAUUGAGGAAAACGAUCAAAUAUCAUUUAAACGUGGUGAUAUUUUGCGAGUUGCACCCAAAGAAUAUCAGCCGCGAAGGCUUGGUUACAUUUUGGCAUGCUCAAUAGAUGGUAAGAAGGUGGGAUUGGUCCCAAUUAAGAAAAUUCAGUUGACAAAACGAGUCGUCGAGUCAUCCGUCUUCACUGGACAAGAUGCCGUUCAAUUAUUUGACGCUGCGCACGCUUCUGAAAACGAUUUGUGUGAUUGA